AUGGCCUCGCAGCCCAGGAAACGGUGGCUUGACGCUGCCACUGCGAGUGAGUCGUUGCCUGCGAAGAGAACGCGGUUGGCGCGAACGGAUCCACAACCAGGUGAACAUCCUGUUACGCCUACAAGACGAAAUAAACAUACUAAGACGUCAGAUACAGGACCCUUGAGGCGUAGUGCAAGGCUUGAAUCACAACAGGCCUCUGCGGGAAUUGAAGACCCUGUUCGCAUUGCACCAUCAGUGCCUCCCCACGGACCGCAGAUCGAAGCAGGUGUUGCGAGCGAGCUGUUAGCAUCAAAGGGAGCCGGAUUGACUCGGGCGAAUACACAACAGCACAAGCCUCCCAAGGUCGGGGAACAAGAGCAGGUCUCUCCGGCCACGCAGUCGCUUAUCGGCGGCGGCGACGACGAUGAACACCAGCUAAAGCGGGCACCGUUGACGCGGAAGAACUUGGCUCAAUUCAACAAAAUGGCGAGGAAGAAGGGGACCAAUACGCCGGUGCCUGUCCCCAAAUCCACAGUCCAGUCGUUAACAGCAAAUACUACCUCAACGAGGACGACCUCGGCAACGACAUCUGGCUUUGCUAUCAAGACCUAUAGGAAUGGGAUGCUCCCCUCCAUCAUCUCUAAACCUCCCACAAACUACAAUGAAAUCCGCGAGCGACAGGCUGGAUCUCGCGAGACGCCUCCGGCCACCGAGCUAGCGUAUAACGCCUUGGUGGACAGAAUUGUAAAAGCCUCAAACGAAGCAACCAUGGUCUUUGAAGUGGGCCCGAAGCUGCUGAAGGAGUACGACGGCAAGGGUUAUCAACGAGCCCUCAACCAGCCAUUCACCGGCUUUCCGGAGGAUGUUGGCUUCAACAAUGGCCUGUCUGCUCCACAGCCCGACUUUGUCGAAGGUCUAGAGAUGCACGGAUUUGACCCGUUUCCAGUUGAGGAGGAUGUCGACGGGGCCGUUCUCUACAAGGACAACCCCUUUUCCGUGACCCUGCCACAUCUAGCCGGGGAGUGGAAGGGACGCGGAAAGGAUAUGGACGAAGCGGAGCUGCAGGCGCGCUACGACGGGGCCGCCCUCGUCUACGCCCGGAACAAGGCCCUUGCCUAUCUCGGAAAAUCUGACCCCCCGGGCCAUGCAGCGGUCACAACUUUCACGACAAACGGAACCAUUCUCAACUUCUAUGCACACUAUGCUGCUGAGGCGGAGGACAAGACGCUCAAAUACCACCAGUAUCCCAUUUCGUCGAUAAACCUUGUAGAGUCCCUCGAAGCACACAACGAAGGCCGAAGAAGACUCAGGAAUGAACAGGAUCAUGCAUUUAAACAGUCGUGCGCCCUGAGGGACGAGCUAAAGGAGCACUGGAAGCGGCAUCGCGAUGACAUCCACCCCACCGUCGAAGGACCUCCAUUGCCCCUUCCAGGAGGCACUUCCCGGGCGACGAACGUGGACGAAGACGAAGUUGGCCACGAGGUGGUCGAGCUACCCACCCCCGCGACGUUUUCUCAACCACCCAAGGGGUCAAGCUCCGUCUCUUCGUCGACGCCGUUCCCAUCUGCACAAGACCACGUUCCCCGUACAAAGCCCCCGAAACGAAAAGCCUCGUCACCGUCGGCACCCCUACGGGAAUCCACAAGGCUGAAGAACAAGUAUUGGCAGCUGGAUCCCAGAAGCGGUGGCUACUUUCACAAACAUAUUCCUCGUUACCUACCUCCAUAA